AUGAGACAGGCAGUCAGAUUGUUGAAGCAGUACUCUCCCUCGAUCAAGUUUGUGGGUGGUCCUCACAAGUUCCAAUCCCACCCUGCUGGUGUGCACCCUUGCGCGCCCAACGGGUUGGCUCCCUCGGGCGCUGGCCUGAGUGGUUCCAGCUACUCCAACUCCUCGCCCAUUGAAGCUGGCGACGGCGAAGUGUUCUCGCGGGCGGAAUUGCCGACGAGAUUCCAAUACAAGUUGCCCAAGGAAUUUGAAGCCGAAGACAUCCAAUCCGGUGGCGCCGAAAUCGUUUGGUAA